AUGAUAUUCUUGCUGUGGAUGUUAACGACUCUGAUUGGAAAUGCUGCACAUGCAUCUGUUACAAUUUUUGACGUUACUCCAGUGGAACAGAACACUGUUCAAAGAUUUGAAGCAUUAGAAAUGUACGAGGAAACAUCCACAUUUGUUUUCAAUGGAAAGUUUAAAUCGAUCGAAGGAAACACAACAUUGUUUAUAGGACUAACUCUAGAUGAUGGCUCGUUUAACGAUGAUAAUAACAGAGCUUACGAGAUAGCAAUACAGCGGCACCAGAUUGGUGUUUGGGCCUACACUCCCCGUAAAGAGGGUGGUAAAAGGACAAACUUCAGGAAAAGUGGACAAAAUUACGAUUACAAUUUCAAAGAAGGCGAUGAUUUUGAAUUAACAAUGGACGUUAAGAAAUCCGGAGGAUUGAGAUUCAGUCUGAAAUCAGGAGAAACAAGAUUUACACUAACGAAACCUAAUGGAUUCUUUUCGUCGUCAUUCUCUGUGUGGGAGGAUGCAAAAUUAAUGUUGGAACUGCAAACAAACAACGCCCUAGUCUUCACUUCGAUAGUAGCAACAACUGGCGGAUCAAGUGACGGAUCAGAUGACCAGACCACAAUCACCUGCCCAACUGGCCAAAGGAACGACUCUCCGACCAGCUGUGUGCCAUGUCCGGAUAACUAUUACGGAACUGACGGAAUAAACUGUAAAGCAUGUCCGGGUCAGAGCACUUCUCCGUCCGGAUCUGAUGAACUAACGGACUGUGUUUGCAACGAAAACUUUUACAGAGUGUACACUAAGGCAGUUAAUUGUGAGGCAUGUCCAUCCAACGGUUUCUCGGACCGAGGAGCAACUUCAGUCGCUCAGUGCAAAUGUCCAGCAGACCACUAUAAGAUAAAGAAAGGGAAAUGUUCGAGCUGUCCUCCGAAUUCCUCUUCAGAGGUAGGAUCUAACAAUGCGGGGGAUUGCAGAUGCCAAGAAAACUACUACAAGGACGGUGCUAAUUGUCUGAAAUGUCCAAAGGGAACAAAGUCCUUGCUGGGAUCAUCAAGAGUCAAAGAUUGUAAGAAGGUCAGGGAGAAACUGAUUGGUGAGAUAACUCCGUUAAGUGCUGAAAACUCCCACACUUAUGGGGCGAACGAGGAAAAGUUUGCUGCUAAAUACGCUUUUGACCUGAUCUUCGAAACCUGGGCUAAACCAGUGGCGAAUUUUGACGGUGAAUCUUGGAUCGAGUUGAAACUAGAUGAAGUGCACUGUAUCCGACGGAUAGAACGGUUCCACAAAGAUGGUAGUACCUAUCUCACCUGGACCUGCUCCCCAUCAGGGUGUAUUUGUGAGGGUUAUUACUUCUGCAACAAGUGCAUUCUCACAGUAUUCACCGUCGAUACCGCUGCUGCUGUAUCAGCCGGCUGUAAACACGGGAACAGGGUGAAGUUACGACAGAGGAGUGACCAACAAUUCAUGGUGUCGGAGAUAGCUAUCAUUGAGAAACAAGGUAAGACACAGUAA